AUGCCUUCUUCCGAGCUCUAUGUUGCUAUCUACUGUAAUGACAGUGGGAUCUACAAACACUGGGCUCUCUUCGUCGACGGACCUACGGACGAAGAGAAGCUCGUCUUCAACAUCUUGGGGUCUUCCACUCAAUACCGUUUCGAAAUGGAAGAGUCGAAUGCUUUCCUCGACCCGACUCUUAUAGAGGUGUUUCCUCUGUGUGAUGUCGACAGUUCCAAAAUCGAUGCUAUCAAGGAUGCGGCACAAAACGCAGUAAUACACAACGAGUCUCCAGGAUACAACUGUCAGGACUACGUUCUUGAACUUCUGGAUGAUUUGGAGGCAAAAGGGAUUAUCAGUCGGAAUGACGUGGAAUAUGCGAAGAAUAAACAAGGCGUCAAAGAUAAGCAGGAGGGAUUAGCAUAG